AUGUCCAAGCAAGCAUCCAAGCAGACAACAAUUCCAGAUCGCAUGUGUCAGUCGGAGAUUCUCCCCACUCCGAGUCUGAGAGUAACUCCCAGAUAUCCACCUAACUCAACUGAGAAAUCCACACUCCGGACAACGACCUCCAGGAUACCACCAACACCAGUGGUGAAUAAAUCCGCGCAUUGUGGAGAGCCUUCGUUGAGGCAGUGUCUGCUCAAUCUGGCUUAUGAAAUCAAUCCCGAAGUCGCAGAGAAACUGGCGUUUUGUGCAGCUAAGUUGAAAUAA